CAGUUUGAAACACGUCCACAAAGGAAGUAUAGUUAGAGAGCUAAAAGUUGGCUAACUGGUUCGUUAGGACGGUAAAAAAAAGUAUAUUUAAUGUUGUUUAUAUAGAAGACGGUUCUAAUUCGUAUUAUGUUUCGAAUACUGAAUGGGGAACGUUAAAUGGCUGGGUGGCUAGUUAGCUAACAGAAAGCGUUCCGAGUUGUUCGUGCUGUAUGUAGCCGUUAGCUUCGUUAUGUUUAUGCGCCGAAAGACGAAUAUAUUUUGCUGUAUCGACUGAUAAAGAGUUGCUGGUUUUGUUUAACUGUCCUCUGCACUAUGGGGUUGGUGUUAGCUUAAAGGCUAAACACCCAAACUAGUCAAAUAGCUGCUAGAAGCAUUUAUACUGAGGCGUGUCUUGAGUUCCUUGUUUGCUAAAUAGCGUUCUUGGACAUUUACCUUCGAUACAAACGCUAAGUGGGUGAGUUGGGUGUAAAUAAGAGGUAUGAAGACCGCAGAGAGAAAUGUGGUGCGUUUGGCAGUUGUGCAGCACCUUCGUAAAACCUACGGCAUCAAGACGAAGAACUGGAACAAAUGCAAAAGCAGCAAGAACCAACCAGGCAACGCGACGAAGGUCUUUGGUGUGGCUUUAGAAAGUCUACCACAUUGUCAUGUGCUAGACUACGGAGAUAUACCCUGCUUCCUUGUGGAUGCCUGUACAUGCCUUCUGGGGCAUUUGGAAACAGAGGGCCUGUUUAGAAAAUCAGGUUCUAUUGUUCGAGGGAAGGCGCUGAGGGUGAAGUUGGAUCAGGCAGAAGAGUGCCUGUCCACUGCGCUGCCCUUAGACGUAGCCGGACUCCUGAAGCAGUUCUUGAGGGAGCUGCCUGAGCCUCUUUUAGCCACAGACCUACAGAGCAGUUUUCUAAAAGCCCAGGAGCUGCCCACUUCAGGCGAGAGGACAUCAGCAACCAUCCUGCUAUCUUGUGUGUUGACUCAUGAGAAUUUAAACACACUGCGCUACUUCUGCAGCUUCCUGAAAAGGGUUUCUCAAAGAUCUGCUGAAAACAAGAUGGACAGUAGCAAUCUUUCUGUCAUUUUCGCCCCGAACCUCUUUCACUGUGCGGAUGGAACAGAUAAAGUAAACACCAGCACAGAGAAGAGACUAAAGCUUCAAGCUGCUGUUGUGCAGUGCCUCAUUGAUAACGCUCAGGAUCUAGGUGUCGUACCCGAGUUCCUCAUGGCCAGAGUUCCAGCCAUGCUAGGUUGUGAACCCGGAGUGGUUUCCCCUUCUGAGGCUACCGAGGAGGGAAACACACCCUCGGGUGUGAAGAGGUGCAGGCGCAGUUUAGGAGAUAUGGUAAAUGGAGCUCUGACUAGGUUAAAAAGUAAUAGAACUCCGUCAAACACACCUCAGCCUGAUGGAAUAGUCAUUUCCACUGGUACCCCUGUUGUUGGAACCCCUAAGCGCAAACUGCCUCUAGAGUCAGGACACGGUUAUGGAUUCUCCAACAAGAAGCGCAAGUCUAUCAAGAACCUCGGCCUAGAGCUUCUGCCAAAUUCCUUUUUUGGAGGAAUCUCCACACCUGGAUCAGUCCACAGUGCCUCAGGAACCCUGGAUUCAUGUAACUCGCCCUCAUUUGGUAAAAUUAGCCGCCUGACUGCCAGCUCAGCAAGAAGAAAGAGCAAAAGACUGAACCACAGAAACAUUAACAGAGUCGAAUCAGGAAAGUCGGGCUGCUUUUCUCCAAGAACGGCCAAAAAAGAGAGCACGAGAAAGUCCUUGCGUCUCCGCUUCAGCCUCGGGAAAACCAACAGAGAUUGUAGUGUCAUUUCAAAUUCUCUACCGGUGCCAAAGGGGUCAGAGGUCAUUGGCUGGCGCCUAGCGACACAAGAGAGCGUCACCAGUUUUCACUUCAAAGAUGCUGCAUUUAGUCCGGCUGUACUGACAAACAGUACUUCACAAGGAACCAAAUACAUCAGUAAAUCCGAAGACAACCUGCUGACCCCUCGGGAGGCGAAAGAGCCCGGGACUUCCUGGAGUAGGGAGACUCUAAAUGAAGUCACAGAACACUCUUUCUCUGACACACCAAUGAAAGCAUACCUCAGCUACCGCUCAGAGCCAACUAUCGUCAUCAGCAAACCAGCUGUAGUCAACACCAUUUCGAGUCUCUGCUGUGCUACUAGCCCCGAGAGCUCAGCUAGCUCUGGGUCUUUUCAAGAGGAAGGCUCUCAGGCAGCUCCUAAAGUUCUGCAGGUCACAUCUGACAGUAAGAGUCCUACUAAUGACAGAGAGGAACCCAUAGACAAAAUAGAGGAACCUUCAUGUGCAAAAGAGAUCCCUUCUUCUUCAUAUUCCUCUCUAAUUUUACAAAAUGCAAGUGAACUAAAGAAAAAUGUUAAAACACCACAAAAAGAUUUGAAGGACGAUGAUCAUAAUACUUUUGGACAAACCGAGUUUGUUCCCUUGUCUCCUCUGCAUAUAGACAGUACUUUGUUUGAAGCUGCAGAGAGUUCGGAUUUGGUCAAAGAUACCGACAAGGCCUCUGUGAGUGCUGACAAUGAGAACAGUUUAGAUCUAUUUAGAGACUGCUCAGCACCUUCUGCAAACUGUAGCCAACUGAUUGAUGCCCUAGACAUCCAAAGCCCUGUGGCCUUCAGGCUCAACAGCUCAAUCACAGUUCAGUCUACACCGUAUUCAGGAAAAGAGCAAACGGAGGAACUCGAUACCCUACAGUCUGUGAAGAAGUCCCUGAAAGAGCAACUGUUGUUGGAAAUGCCUUGGAAGUCUUCAAAUCAGCAUGGAGCCACACUUGGUCCCAAGGAACCAUGUCCAGUGAGAGUUGCUGACCAUGUCCAGCGUUUCAACAUGCUGACCAUCAAUUCGCCCAAAGUCAAAGCCCGAGCACCUUUGAAGUUCCAGCGAACGCCUGUACAGCAGUCAGUCCUGAGGUUCAACUCUCUGAACCAGAGGAAAGGAGCCAGGUCUGGGUGGUGUGCUACAAGUCAAAGUUCCACCAUGACUAAAGCAUGUAGUUUAGAAAGUGGCCAGUUCAGUAGAGCUCAUCAGCAUCCUCAACACAGUGAGAUCUUCAGCUCUCCUCCUGACGAUGCUGAAGUUUCUACAAAUCCAAAUCUACCAGCGUCACCACAAAAGCCUGCAAGCAGUAGGCAUAGUGCUUUGGGAGAUUUAACCAAUACAGUAGCACCCAAGGCCACUGUAUUAUCAUCAGUUCCUAAGUGUGCCAUAUCUGAAGCAGCCAAGGCUGUCCUGAAACAAGAAGCUAGGAACCGAGCAUAUAGAGGUUCACCCAAAAAACCCCUUGCAAACGGCAUGCUUCUAUCCUCUAUGAAGCCUAUAGACCUAUGAAAUGCCCAUUUCAGCUUAUAGCUUUGCAAUUUCUUCAUUUUGUUUUCAGGGCUAUUUAAUUACUUUACUUUGCUUUUGAGCUUUUUUGGUUUAGCUUUGUUACUAUAUAUUCUGUCCAGCUAUAAUACGAGUUAAUUUAUGAGCCAGAAAAAUGUGAAAAUUCAAGUGAACACCUACUAUAUGGCUUUUUUUUUUUUUUUUUUUGUACAGUGCAGCAGAAAGACCAUUUCUUUUGCAUUAUAAUACUUUCACUCUGCUAUUUGGGGUUAUCUCGACCCAAUGUUGAACAUCAUUCUGGACUUUUAUUAAUAUUAAUUUAACAGAGGCUAGAUCGAGAGAGUGUGAUGUAAUGUCAAAGGGCUUUAAGGGACACAUUGUUAAAAAAAAAAAUCAAUACAAGUUUAUCUCCUGUUGCUAAAGCAAGUGAAAUAUUGAAUAUAAUGAUUGAAAGUGUAAAGCGAAAGGAUUUACCUUGGAUUUGCUGUCUGUUCUUUACGUAAGUGUGCAUGUCUGUUUGACCUGGAUGCAAGGAUUUUAGAUGGCAGUCUUGUUUGCGUUUUAAUUUAUUUCCUUUUUCUAUUCCAAAGGUAAUGUUUAAAGUCUUAAGCAGUGAUGAGUGGUGGGGAAAAAAAGGUUUGUCAAUAGUGUGAAGGUUUUGUAUGUAUGGAACAGUAUUACAGUUUCCUUUUAUAACAAAUUUCAAAAAUAUCAAAACUGUUGUUAAUCUGUAUUGUAUAAUGCUUAUGUCAUGGAACUUUUUCUGAGCAUAAAAUUAUAAUUACAAACC